CUUCGCAGCAAUCCAAGUGGUGCCACAGAGACCAGCACAGUAGAAUCCACUGGACCUCCCAGACAUGGCUCAUCUAAUCCUGCCAGUCUACCUUCUUCUCAGCUUCUCCUUGCUCUGCUGCAGCCGUCCAUCUCGCUCAAGGAAAGCUCUUUCAGCCCGUCAGGCUGGAGCUGCAGAGGACGACGAUGUGAAGACUCAGAUUGAGAAGCUGUGGCAGGAGGUGAACUUACUGAAAGAGAUGCAGGCGUUGCAGACAGUGUGUCUCCGGGGCAUCAAAGCUUACAGAAAGUGUUACCUCACAGCUGAGGAACCCAAACAUUACCAUGAGGCAAAUGAAAACUGCAUAGCUCAGGGAGGAACUCUUGCAACGCCACGGGACAUGAUGGAAAACAACGAGCUGAGGGACUAUGCAAAGAGAAGUGCCCCAGGAACCAGGGACUUCUGGAUUGGUGUGGCAGACAUAGUGAAAGAAGGCCAAUAUGUGGACGUCAACAGCCUGCCCGUUAACUUCUUUAACUGGGAUGGCUCCAAGAAGCAGCCGACAGGAACUACAAGGGAGAGCUGUGUUGUGCUUUCUGUGGCGGCUCAGGGAAAGUGGUACGAUGAGGUGUGCCGGAGCCUGAAGAAGUACAUCUGUGAAUAUAUUAUUCCCUGAAGGAAAAACAAAGAUGACUGUUAAUUUGAUGAAAUAUU